UCUGCCUAUUUUUAAUGAAUACGAUACAAAUUGACAAAAUACUGAGAAGGAACGCUAUUACAAAAAGGUUUUAUAUUGGAUGUUUUGCAUCUGAUAGGAUUCCUCUUACAAUAUCUAAUUUUCCCUAUUGUAUGGUUGUUAAUACCGACUCUUCAUUGCUCCCAGGCUCUCAUUGGAUAGCUAUAUUUUGCUCAUCUCCCUCUAGUGUUGAUUACUUUGACUCGUUAGGAUUUUGGCCACCAUUUAGCUUUUAUAUUAAAAAAUAUUUAUCAAAUUUUACAAAAGUUUCCUAUAAUAAUAUUCAAAUACAGCAGCCAAUGGGGCGCGCUUGUGGUAAAUACGCAAUAUUUUUCUUGUUUAUGCGUUGUUCAGGUUUUUCAAUGGACAAUAUUCUUUUAAUAUUAAGCAGAGUGAAUUCUGAUAGAUUUGUCUCGCAGUUUAUUGCUACUAAAGCUUUUAAUAUAAAUAAUUGAAAGAGCAAAUUUUGUACAUUACAAUGCAUAUUGACUUUAAUCCUCUCUAUGUUGAUUGGUCGUCGUUGACCGAAUCUCAUGACCAAUGGGGUGGUUAUAACGUUUUUCGUGGAGUUCCCUUCCAAAGAGGUAGCGGUUUAGGAUCUGUUUUUCGAAGUUUACUGAGGUAUUUGAUUCCAAUUGGUAAAGACAUUGGCACAGCCAUUGGCCGCCAAGGGUUGGAAUCAGGCAAUCGUGUCUUGAGUAACGUAUUGGAAGGGAAAGACCUUAAAGAAUCUCUUGUAAAUGAGGGUAAAUCAGGACUUAAGAAUUUGUUAGAAAAGGCAGCCAAUAAUAUUGAGAAGCAAAAAGGAAAUGGUUUUGAAUUCAAAAGACAAAAGGAAAGACGUCCCAAAACAAUUGGACAGAUGAAUAGCGAAAAUAUAAAUAAGACUUGUUAUUCCAAGAUUGGCCCACCAAACUUUAUUCCUACUUUUUCAAAAAAGAAAAUAUCUCGUCCAAAGAAACGUUUACGCGUAGACGCAUUAGGACCAUAUUAA